AUGUAAAGUGACCUGCAUACGCAAAACUUAGGUCCGAGUUGCCGAUCUCUAGAAAUCUCAAAAUCGAUGUUCUUAAGUGACAAGUGGAUUCAGGACAAUUUGGAGUGUGCACCGUGCUUAGCGAGCAGUAACGAGAGGCCUUUUGUCGUGAUGCUAGUUUUGUCAUGAAAACGAUUUUUUGCGAUAGGCCAUUACAGAGUUUUGGCAAAGACAAAAUGGCAAAUAGCGGUUCAAAUAAGGGCGACCAGGAGUCGCGUUUUUGGCAAAAGGAAAAAGAAGUGUCAUCCAGCGAGCACAGUAUUUCGAGCAUCGUCUCUAAUCUUUCUAUCUCGCAAGAUGAACACUUUAGAGUUCCCAUGCAUGCCGAGAACAGCCUCAGAGUUAUGGAGGAAUAUCUGCAUAAGCAACAAUUGACCGAUGUUACCCUUAUUGCAGGUGGCAGAUGUUUCCCGGCACAUCGUUUAGUGCUGAGUGCUGGAUCGGAAUAUUUUGCUGCUAUGUUUACAAGUUCCUUAAGAGAGUCUGCUCAAAAUGAAAUAGAAUUAAAAGGGGUCGAUGGAGAUGCUCUAUGGGCCCUAGUUCGAUAUUUUUAUACAGGCUGUAUCGAACUGAGGGAAGAUAGCAUAGAAACUCUAUUGGCAACUGCGUGUUUAUUGCAAUUAAGCCCAGUUGUAAAAGCGUGUUGUCAAUUUCUCAUUAAGCAACUUCAUCCGAGCAACUGUUUGGGUAUUCGAAUGUUUGCCGAUACUCAAGGUUGUGCGCAUUUAUUAAGCGUUGCACAUGCUUAUACCACUGAGCAUUUUAUGGAAGUGAUGAGAAAUCAAGAAUUUUUAAUGUUAUCUGCCAAUGAAGUGUCGAAGUUGCUUGAAUCGGAAGAUCUUAAUGUUCCAUCGGAAGAGACAAUAUUUCAUGCAUUAAUGACCUGGUUGGAACAUGAUCUAGAAAACAGGUGCAAAGAUGCUAGCAAAUUAUUAGGAUUGGUAAAGUUACCAUUACUAUCUCCUGCGUUCAUAGCCGAUCACAUUGAGAGUAAUCAAAUGUUUAGGGAUCAAAAGGUAGCACAAGAUUUGAUAAUGGAAGCUUUAAAAUAUCACCUUCUGCCAGAGCGAAGAUCUUUAUUACAAUCUGGACGUACAAGGCCUAGAAAAGCUACCGUAGGACAGUUACUUGUCGUUGGGGGUAUGGAUGCUAAUAAAGGAGCUACAACAAUAGAAACAUUUUCAUUACGUGAUAAUUCAUGGAAAUACUUGGCUAGUAUGACUGGGAGACGCCUCCAGUUUGGUGCUGCUGUUAUUGAGAAAAAACUCGUUAUUUCUGGUGGCAGAGAUGGAUUGAAGACAUUAAAUACUGUUGAAUGUUUCGACUUCACUACAUCGACAUGGAGUACAUUACCUCCAAUGAUGAUUCAUCGUCAUGGACUUGGAGUAGCUGUACUGGGAGGACCUUUAUAUGCUGUAGGUGGACACGAUGGUUGGAGUUUUUUAAACACUGCAGAACGAUGGGAUCCUGCUACACGACAAUGGAGUCAAAUCUCCCCAAUGUCAAUAACACGCUCCACUGUAGGUGUGGCAGUAUUAAAUAAUAAACUUUAUGCCGUUGGGGGUAGAGAUAUGAGUUCUUGUUUAAACACUGUUGAAUGCUAUGACCCACAUACAAAUAAAUGGACAGCUUGUGCACCAAUGUCAAAGCGACGAGGUGGUGUUGGAGUAGGCGUUCUCAAUGGUUGUCUGUAUGCCCUCGGAGGUCACGAUGCCCCUGUGAAUAAUCCUAAUGCCAGUAGGUUCGAUUGCGUUGAAAGGUACGAUCCAAAGACUGAUACAUGGACCAUGGUAGCCCCAAUGAAUGUUGCAAGAGACGCCAUGGGAGUUUGCUUACUGGGCAAUCGGCUCGUUGCUGUAGGAGGCUACGAUGGUCAACAAUAUCUUACUCAUGUGGAGGCUUAUGACCCACUUCUCAAUGAAUGGCAACAAAUAGCACCUCUAAAAACCGGCCGUGCUGGACCCUGUGUUGUUGUAAAAAAUAUGUUCUCUACAGAUUGAAGGGAAAGGUCUUCAUUUUUUUAAGAACUCGAGAUAAUUUACAAGUCAAAUCAUAAGAAAACCGGCGAGGCUUACGGUAUUACUGCCUGCAAUAAUUUUAAGUUUAAGUAUAAGAGUUUGGAAUUUAUAAUACAAUUAACAAGCAUGUGCGGUACAAGUUAUAAAUGAUGCCAGGAAGCGAUAUGAUAAUAAUUUUGAUCGCGACAAGACCAGAAACGUUCUUAGACGUUAUUUAAUAUUAGCGGUGUGGCUGUGUGAUUCCGUCUAUAACUACGGCAUAUUUACGAUUUCUAAAAGUACCUAGUCUAAUCAUGUAUUUUAUUUAUUUUUAUAUAUUUUAACAUUUUUAUUUAUAUUUCAUUGCGACCUAUUAUACCACUUGGAGGAUGCAGUAUAUUUAUACAUUUUAAAAUCAUUAAUCUUUUAAUACAAGAAAGGAGAUCUUAAAACAUCUCUUUGAAAAUCAAUCAAUGAAAUGUAUAGGUAUAUAUUGUAAUAGUACCUGCAUGACAAAUGUUUGAAAUUUCGCUAAAAUCAAUGUUCUACAAGUAUACACGUAAGAAUGAUGCUUUUGUUCCAGCAUCAAAUUUGUGAUUAGAACAUGAAAUAUUUUUCCCAUCGAUAAUUCGUAUAAUGAUAAACACUUCUAAAACGGAUUAUCAAAAUUACCAAAAAUCACUGCCAAAAAAUCGUAAUUUGUGAUUCUACUAAGAGCGACGUUACAACUGAAAAAGAAACGGUUAACUCGUAUCUUAUAUUUCGAAUUUUAUAUAUUCAAAGGUAUUUUCCUAUAUAAUAAUGCUGUGAUUAAAGAGCUGAUUUAAACGCAAAUAUCUUAUUCGGAAAAUGUGCGAUUAAUUUACAUUAAGUUAAAUAACAUUCCAAAAUGUAUUUUGUAUAUGCAAGGAGAAAUGAAUGAAAUCCAUCAUGUUGUAAAUUGUGCUUGUACAUACAUAUGCUGGUAUCCAGCUCAAGAAUAAACAUUUUAUACUUUUGAUA